AUGAGUGACUGUCUGCUGCACCUGUCAUACCCAUGUUUUGUUGUUGCUGUGGUGGCUGUUGUUGCUGUUGUUGUGGCGGCUGUUGCAACUGUUGCUGCGGCAACUGUUGCUGUUGUAACUGUUGCGGCUGUAGCGUCUGCUGUUGCAAGUAUUGUGGCUGCUGCGGUGGCUGUUGUAACUGUAACUGCUGUUGUGGCAACUGUUGUGACUGCUGUGGUGGCUGUUGCAACUGUUGCUGGUGUGGUAAGUAUUGUGGCUGCUGCUGUUGGUUGCUGUUGCAACUGUUGCUGCUGUGGUAAGUAUUGUGGCUGCUGCUGUGGUAACUGUUGCUGCUGUAGCAAGUGUUGCGGCUGCUGUUGCAACUGUUGCUGCUGUAGUGGCUGCUGUUGCUGUGGCAAGUGUUGCGGCUGCUGUUGCAACUGUUGCUGCUGUAACUGUUGCUGCUGUAGUGGCUGCUGUUGCUGUGGCAAGUGUUGCGGCUGCUGUUGCAACUGUUGCUGCUGUGGUGGCUGUUGUUGUUUUUGUUGCUGCUGUUGUAUUUGUUGCUGGUCUAGCUGCUGUUGUUGUUGUUGCUGCUGACCCAAACCUAGUUGCUGCGUUGAUAGCUGAAUGUUGUGGGUAG